CAUUGCUCUCCACAUUAACCUAUUCACAAAUCACAAUAUCCAAUCUCUUGAACAGAACUUCACAGAUCCAAAUCCAAACCACCAAAGAAUCAUCAAACCCUUCGACGGAAAAUGGAGAACCAGCAACCUCCUUCCUCCUCCUUCCCUCCGCCGCCUCCUUCCGCGGCGGUCGUCCCUUCCCAUCCCGUCUCCGGCGCCGGAGAAAUCCCUUACCACCACCUCCUCCACCACCAGCAGCACCAGCAGGAGCAGCUCCAGAUGUUCUGGUCGUUCCAGCGUCAGGAAAUCGAGCAUGUCAACGAUUUCAAAAACCAUCAGCUUCCUCUCGCUCGGAUCAAGAAGAUCAUGAAGGCCGACGAAGAUGUCCGCAUGAUCUCCGCCGAGGCUCCGAUCCUCUUCGCCAAGGCCUGCGAGCUCUUCAUCCUCGAACUCACGAUCCGAUCUUGGCUCCACGCCGAAGAGAACAAGCGUCGCACUCUCCAGAAGAACGACAUCGCCGCCGCGAUCACCAGAACCGAAAUCUUCGAUUUCCUCGUCGAUAUCGUUCCCCGGGACGAGAUCAAGGACGAGGCCGCGCUCGGCGGGGUGGUGACGCCGACGGCGAGUGGUGUGCCGUACUAUUAUCCGCCGAUGGGUCAGCCGGCGGGUCCCGGCGGGAUGAUGAUCGGUACACCCGCCGUGGAUCCGAACGGAGUUUAUGUGCAGCAGCCGUCUCAGGCGUGGCAGAGCGUUUGGCAGACGUCGGCCACCGGCGAUGAGGUGUCGUACGGCAGCGGAGAGAGCAGCGGCCAGGGAAAUCUUGAGGGCCAAGGGUAA